AUAGUAUUACUUGACGAAAAAUAAAAUCUAAAUUAUUUGCCAAAGUUUGAAAAGCACCAGCACAAGAACACCACAGUAAACGCAGAAGCUGCCGCCAAAUACUCAAUUCAGAGGUGAAUUUAUAUUAUCACUGCCGAAAAAUUAUGGGGUUUUUAAGCUCUUCACUGACUUAUGCUUUGAGCCGCCGCCAUGAGAAGAAGAAGAACAAGAUAACCCCUCAGACUGGGCUCAAAUUGAAGUGCUGAGAAUGCUGGUUUUGACUUAUUGAAGGUGAUGCAUCUUGUUAUGCAUUCAACUAAUAAUACUACACCUUCAAUUCUUGUAGCUGAUGAACUCAUCAAGGUAUUUGCUGCAAAUAAACUGUUUGAUUAUGCUAUUGAUGUCAUUAAUCAGGUUAGGGAAAUCGGGCUUCAACCAAGUAUUCAUUCACGUAAUUACCUACUAAAUUGCUUGGCAGUAGCUAAUCAAGGGGAGAAUCUUGCUAGACUGUUUGAAACAAUGAAGAACUUUGGACCCUCACCUGAUGUGAUGACAUACGCAAUCAUGAUGAACUUCUACUGUGAAAAUUAUCCAGGCACACAGAAGGUAUCUAUAAAAGAAGCCUAUAAGAUUCUGAAAGAAAAGCGGGAAAAAGAGAUCAGUCUUUCCGCUGCAACAUAUAGUGUAUGGCUCCAUGGACUCUGUAGAAUUGGAUGUCCUGAUGUUGCUUUGAAAUUCAUUCGGAAACUGAGGUAUGAGAACCAAUCUUUGAAUUCUUAUUGCUACAAUGCUAUCAUUCAUGGAUUUUUUGCUGAAGGCGAAGUAAGUAAAGCUAUAAGUGUUUUUGAUGAGAUGAGUAAUUCUGGAAUUACACCAGAUAUAUGUAGCUAUAGCAUUCUUGUCAGUUGGUUUGGCAAAUUCGGGAUUAUUGAUGGAGAUUUAUGUUCUAUUCAAGGUAUGCAAGAUAGUAACAUCAAGCCUACCCCAAUUAACUAUAACUCAAUUCUUCAGGGUUUGUGCGCAGCUGGAGCAGCAAAAAUUGCAAAGGAUUGUUUUCAUUACCUUAAAAAUUCUGGGUGCAAAGUUGACCAAACAGCUUACAACAUUUUAAUUACUGAAUUUUGUGCUCAAGGAGAUCUUAAUUCAGCUGAUGAGCUACUGGAGGAGAUGAUCAGCAAUGACUUGGCUCCAGAUGCUUCAACUUGUUUGAAAUUGAUUCGUGCUUCCUGCGACAUGGGGUCUGUUGAUAAAGCAUUGAAGUACAGGAUUAUGAUGGUACAAAAAGAUUACCUGUCUGAUACCAUUACCUGCAAUUUUAUUGUUAAGCAGUACUGUACUGAUGGGCUUGUGAUGGAAGCCUUGCACCUGAUAGAUGAAAUGGUGGAUCGAGGAAUCAUCCCCAAUUUGUUUACCUAUGAUGUAAUUGUUCAGCAGUUGUGCAAAGAUAUAAAUACAAAGAAGGCAUUGGAGUUAAUCACGGUAAUGCUUAAGAGGGACAUGUUUCCCAAUGUUACAAUUCUUAAUACUCUUCUUGAUGGAUUUGUUAAAGAGUCCCAUUUUAACAAGGCUAGUUUGCUUUAUAUGGGAAUGCUUAAACUUGAGAUGACUCCUAACAUCAUCACAUACACAAUUCUUAUUGACAUGCUAUGCAAGCGGGGGGAAGUGAAAAAAUCUGCAAGACAGAUAAAAGUGAUACAGGCCCACAAACUAUUCAUGAAAAUGGUCAGGGAGGGUAUGAGUCCAGAUAACAUCUGUUACACCUCCAUGAUUUCUGGCUUUUGUGAAAUUAAAGACAUGAGCAUGGCUUGUGCUUUGCUCCUUGACAUGCAAAAAAGAGAAGUCUUGCCUACUGUUGGUACUUAUACUUGCCUCAUUGAUGCAUUUUGCAAGUUAGAUCAGAUGGAUGAGGCGAAGAGGUUGUUCAGAAUGAUGGUAAGACAGAACAUCUCUCCUGAUGUCUAUAUUUACAAUUGCUUCAUCGAUAAAUAUUCCAAGUUACGUCGAAUGGAUGAGGCCCAGAGGUUGUUUGAUAGAAUCAGAGAAACAAACAUCUCUCCUGAUUUAGUCACUUAUAGAAUAAUGAUCAAGGGAUAUAAGCUGGUCAAAAAUUUUGAUCUAGCUUAUGACAUGACUGAUGAGAUGCACAGAGUGUUUAACAUUCCUCAGAAUGCAUUGUUAGAGUUAAAUAUGGUUAGAGAGGAUUCAUAUAGUCGAUCCCAACUUGUUUGAGAUUAAAGCACUUUCUUGAAAAGUUUGUACAUGUAAUCAUUUUUGUGUAUUUGUUUUGUUGUUUCUAUGGAAUGUUUUCUUGAGUGAAGAACAUGUCUCUGUUACUUUUUGUUAUUCAAA